ACUUCCCAACUAACAACCUGAACCAGGGAAAGCUCUUCCAAAAGUCACAGUGUCUUUUCCCAGAUCAGGGAGUGUAUUAUCACACUGGUCAGAAAUCGUUGAAUUUGUGAAGCAGCUGACAGACAGAUUUGUGAGCCCCCGGAUGAGAAUAUCCUUCAUAGUGUUUUCCAUGCAAGCAACUGUAAUUCUACCAAUAACACAAGAUAGGCGAGAAAUUGAGAAAGGCAUUGAAAAAUUACAAAAUGUUAAGCCAGGAGGUGAAACAUACAUGCAUGAAGGAUUAAGAGAAGCAAAUAAUCAGAUUGAAAAAGCACAAGGGUCCCAGUCCAAUAGUAUAAUCAUUGCCUUGACAGAUGGAAAGUUGGAAGGCUUGAUUCCACUGUAUGCAGAAAAAGAGGCAGAUAAUGCCAGGUCCAUGGGAGCUAGAGUUUACUGCGUUGGAGUCCUCAAUUUUAAUCAAGAGCAGCUUGAAAGCAUUGCUGAUUCAAAAGACCAAGUCUUCCCCGUAAGGGAAGGAUUUCAAGCUCUUCGAGGGAUAAUUAAUUCUAUACUGAAGCAAUCAUGCACAGAAAUUUUAAAUCUGGAACCCUCAAGCGUUUGUGUAGGAGAGGAGUUUCAAGUUGUUCUAAGUGGAACAGGAUUCACAUUGGGAAGGACACAAGACAGCGUCGUCUGCACUUACAUGGUAAAUGGAACAACCAUUAUUGAAACCCCCCAAAAAGUAGAAUCUAAUUUCAUGCUCUGUCCGGCACCCAUUCUCCAUGAGGUUGGACAAACGAUGGAUGUUUUUGUCAGUUUGAACCGAGGGCAGUCACUCAUCUCCAGCUCUUUAACCAUUACUGCAACAGAAUGUACAAAUGGCAUUGUGGCACUUAUAAUUAUCCUUAUUUUGUUACUCUUGCUGGGGAUUGCUGCCCUGUGGUGGUUUUGGCCUCUGUGUUGCAAAGUGGUUAUUAAGGAUCCUCCUCCACCCCCACCUCCAGCUCCAAUAGAGGAGGAAGAAGAUCCUUUGCCUUCAAAAAAAUGGCCAACAGUAGAUGCUUCCUAUUAUGGUGGACGAGGAGUUGGUGGAAUCAAAAGAAUGGAGGUUCGUUGGGGUGACAAAGGAUCAACUGAAGAAGGAGCCCGGCUAGAGAAAGCAAAAAAUGCAGUGGUGAAACUCCCUGAUGAAUCAGAUGAGCCAGUUCUAUCUAGACCACCAAAACCAAAGCCUACCUCAUUGCCCUCCCAGGAAAAAUGGUACACGCCGAUCAAGGGUCGACUUGAUGCCCUGUGGGCUUUGUUGAGGCGGCAGUACGACAGAGUGUCUUUGAUGCGACCACAGCAAGGAGAUGAGGUUGGUGAACAUAUGUGCCUGAAGGCUUUUCUUAGCACAUAGAAGGAUGUGCACAUC